AUAUAAAAUCAGAUAUUUCAAUUUUAAUUCUCAAAUCGAAAUGUUUUUCGUUCUCUUCAUCGCUGCGUGUUUAAGUUGGCUAAUUGUUCGUCAGUACCAAAAGGUCUCCAGACAUCCGCCAGGGCCUAUUUCCUUCCCACUUAUCGGGAAUCUUCCACAAAUUUGCUACUACCUAUGGUCAACUGGAGGAAUUGUUUCGGCUCUUGAUUUGCUCAGAAAGAAAUACGGCAACAUUUUCACACUAUGGGUUGGUCCAGUUCCGUACGUCAGCAUUGCAGAUUUUGAAACUUCCCAUGAAGUUUUUGUAAAAAACGGCGGUAAAUAUGCAGAUAAACUACACGCCCCAAUAAUGAGGGAUAUUAGAAAAGAUAAAGGCAUUGCGUUUACUAAUGGAGAUCACUGGCAAGAAAUGAGGAGAUUUUCUCUGCAGACUUUCCGGAAUAUGGGGGUUGGGAAGGAUAUCAUGGAGACAAGAAUAUUGGAAGAACUUGAUGCAAGAUGCUCCGACAUUGAUAAAUCAGCAAAGAACGGAGUCACUGUAGCACAAGCCUCCGAAUUUUUUGAUUUAACCGUUGGAAGUGUCAUCAACAGUAUUUUGGUUGGCAAACGAUUUGAAGAAGAUACAAAACAUGUGUUUUUGAGAAUUAAAAAUACAAUUGAUGAAUCUUUCAAACUUAUCACUCCUUUUAAUACUACCGUUCCUGUUUGGAUUUUGAAAACUUUCUUCAAGGAUCGCUAUGACAAAAUGGCGGAUGCUCAAGAAAUAGCGAAAAACUUUGUAGCUGCAGAAGCGCUCAAAAGAAUAGAAGACAUAAAAUCUGGAAAAUAUGUGAUUGAUGAGAACAAUCUCCAAGAUUACACUGACGCUUUCCUGUUGAAAAUGCAGAAAGAAGGAGAGAAUCUGGAUUUUAACACUGAAACCUUAAAAACAAUGUUAGUUGAUUUGUGGUUAACCGGACAAGAAACAACUACAACUACAUUGACUUCUGGAUUCAAUCAACUUUUGCUACAUCCGGAAGUUAUGGUGAAAGCUAGAGAGGAACUUAUGAACGUAACUGAAAAUGGUUCUCGAAGUCUCAGUCUUACUGACCGUUCAUCAACUCCAUACUUGAACGCAAUGAUUGGAGAGAUUCAACGCCAUGCCUCAAUUCUUAACUUAAGUUUCUGGAAAGUCAACAAAGAAUUCACAUACAUAGGCGGUCACCCUGUCGAUGCUGGAGCUCUUGUUACUGCUCAACUCAGUGCUCUCCAUGUCAAUGAAACCUAUUUUACAAAUCCGCAAGUUUUCGAACCGGAAAGGUAUAGUCAAGAUGAGAAGCUUCUACAGAAAAUAAUUCCAUUCGGAGUUGGAAAGAGAAGUUGCCUGGGAGAAUCUUUGGCAAAAGCAGAAUUGUAUUUAAUCUUUGGAAACCUCCUUCUUCGCUAUAAAUUCGAGCCACAUGGAAAACUUUCGGCUACCGAUUUGAUGCCAUACAGCGCUGGGAGGAGACCAUUCAAGCUGGAAAUGAAAUUUGUAAAAAUUUGAAUAAAUCGUUGCAGUAUUUCAAUUGUAGUGAAUGUUUAAAUAAAAGUUACACUUGAAAAAAA